UGGGGGGUUACCUCAAGGUUAGCCAAUUCAAAGAACUGUCUAUAUUGGCUGCGGCCGCCGAGCUCGAAGUGCUCUCCCCAUAGCAGACCGAUUACCCCCCCACCCCCCACAUUGUCAGCCAGGGACCCUCUGCUAGCUUUCGGAGUGAGGUCAGCCCCCCACUCAACGAGCCCAUGUGCACCCACCCCCCUGCAACCCAGACACACAGGCGCACAUACACACACAAACAUAAGCUAUAACCCCUGUCUCACCCCCUCUCCGCUGCUGCCUUCAGGUCCUCCGCAUACAGCUCCGUUUCCUAGAAGGGAAUAUGUAUGUCAGUGUAGUGAACUUUUUUACUUUCGACAUGAAGUGUCAUAAUUUAUUCUGCAGGCCAACACUAAAAAUAAUAAAUCAGGCAUGUAAUUGAUGAGCUGAUGGUUUGUUCAAAAUUCAUAUUAUUUUUUUUUUUGCGCUCAAAGCAAAGACCCCGAGACUUAACUAUUAAUAUACCAAACAGGCACAACACUCUUCUUCUAGCACAAUAGCCAAUUAAUGCAUUCUGCAUCUAAUACAUGCAAGAGCUUCAUGAAUAUUAAUUAGACCGACUGACACCAGACAGCAUCACACACACCUCGAGCAUGAUUGAAACAGGGGCCUCUGCAUUAAAAAAAAAAGAAAAAAGAAAGAAGUAUUUUUCGCAUUCAGACCGUGUUAUUUGGCUUCUGUCACUUUAGCCACUAGGCAGGGAAAAAAAAACAAAAUACACAUAUAACAAAGCACUAAAUGUUUGUUUAUCCAUGCAAACAAAAUAACACAACCUGUUUUUCAUAUUGUCAUAAUAUGGUUCAGUCGGAUUAUAUUGUUACUCAAAACGCUUAAACAUGCCCUGACUGUUGUGUCGUUGUAAAUCCAGACUUCCCCUGUUUGUACUACUUCACAUGGGGGUGUAAGAGUCGGCCUAUAUGGUGCUUUCUUGUGUUUUUGGCCGGUUGAAGUAAGAGCGGUGAGAAUUCUGUCCGCACCUGAAGGCAGCAUCUCUUUUCCCCUCUGUCUGGCCCUCCUCGGCAGCGCCCUGAUUGGCCGGAGCGGCAGUCAGUCAGUGUGUGGGCGGGGCUUGAGCCCGCUGUGUCUGCUCUGCUCUAGAAGAGGAAGGACAGCUGCUUUUAGCGGCGGAGGAAGGAACAGAAAAAUCUGUACAAUGCGUUAGACACGGGCAAUGGCUUGUCCCCGGACCUCCUGCUAGUUCACUUGCCUUGCCGCCCGGAGAGGAAUAUGGCGUGAGGAAAAAAAUCGUGGAAAAAUAAGUGCGAAACUGUCGGGAGUUACUCGUAGUGGCGAACUCUGCUGCCACUGCCUGGAAGUUUUUGUGUUUUUUUCCCGUCGGGGGGCCCCGACGGUGGCGGCGGCGGCUCUCUCCCCGGAGCGGUGUCCCGGUCUGCCCAGCCCCAUGCAAAACCUAACGGCCCCAGGCGGCCCCGGCAACUCCAAUGUCACCUGCUCCUGCAACUGCACCGCUUCCCAGCCACAGGGAAUGGAGAUAUCUGAACUGGAGUUUGUUCAGAUCGUCAUCAUUAUCGUGGUGAUGACAGUGAUGGUGGUGGUGAUCAUCUGCCUGCUCAACCACUACAAGCUCUCUACCUGGUCUUUCAUUACAAGGCAGAGCCAGGCCCGCAGGCACGACCAUGCCCUGCAGCAGGAUGGGUGUCUGUGGCCUUCAGACAGCAGCUCGAGACAAGGUGCCUCGGAGGUAUUAUACGCUCCCCAGGCCAGGGAUCGCUUCACUGCACCCUCCUUCAUGCAGCGUGACCGCUUCAGCCGCUUCCAGCCCACCUAUCCCUACCUGCAGCACCAGAUUGACCUGCCGCCCACCAUAUCGCUGUCGGAUGGCGAGGAGCCCCCGCCAUAUCAGGGGCCCUGCACCCUGCAGCUCCGCGACCCCGAGCAGCAGAUGGAGCUCAACCGCGAGUCGGUGAGGGCGCCACCCAACCGGACCAUCUACGACAGUGACUUGAUCGACAUGGGAGGAGGUGGGAGUCUGGGAGGAGUGGGGGGAGGAGGUGGAGGCAUGGGAGUAGGCGGUCCGAGGCCGCCUAGCAGUAACUCGGGCAUCAGCGCGGCCAACUCCAGUAACCACGGGCGCAUGGAGGGCCCCCCACCGGCGUACAGCGAGGUGAUGGGCCACUACCCCGGCUCUGCGUUCUUUCUACACCAGCACAGCAAUAACCAGAGGGUGGGGGGUUCGGGGGGGCCGGGGAGCAGGACGAUCCAGCAGCAGAGCCAAUCAGAAAGCACAAUAGUACCUACCAAGGCCAAGGAAGGCCAGCCGGAGGACCUGGUGUGAAGAAAAGGCCAGCAAGGCAGGUGGGGGCCACCCACCCCAGACUGAAACUCUUCUCUUCAUCCUAAUCACCUGUAAGCAGUGGUCUUGCUCACUCUCUCUCUGUCUCUCUGAUGUCCUCUUUCCAGACUCUCAUGCACAAAUAAAUAUCAACCUUAGCUACAAAAAACAAGGAAAGAGAGGAACCAAGAGUUGAUUUCAUUUCAGUUUCUUUCCCAUGUUAGUAACUCAAACAGCUAGCGCUGCUGCGGCAGGAUGUAUGCACUGCGAGGAGACUUUUUUUCUCUCCAUCAUAUGAGAAAGAAACAUACUGCUAGCACAGAUUGAAACCAUUUGUUUUUUGUCCCCUCGGGUGAUGGCUGCGGGAAACUGAGGAUGAUGUUUUAUGUUUUGAUUUUUUUUUUUUUUUUUUUUUUUCUCCUUCUUUUUGGACCGGGAUCUGUGCACAAAGCAAGAACUGAGCUGAGAAUCAAGGACUUACAGAGAACACAAUACAACAAGAGACUCACAAACCCAAAUCUUAGUGCCAAGGUUCAUGAGGAAGCAAAACAAAGGGGGGAAAUGACUCAUUCUGACAUUGAAAACACAAAAAAGAAAAGUUGCACUAUCUUUUUGCUGUAAAAGAGAAGAGGGAAACGAUGCUAUGUGAUGAUAAUAGUGAUGAUGUUUUUAUUUUGUUUUUUAUUUCUUGUUUCGUUUGUUUGUUUGUUUUUUUUGGGGGGGGGGUUUGUCCUUUUCAUGAAUGGACUGACUUUGGCUCCAAAGUUGUUAAAACAGUUGGGAGCAAAAAAAAAAAAAAAGGAAAAAAAAGAAAAAAAAAAACCAACAACAAGUAUUAAAAGCUUAUGUCCUUCCUUCCUUUUUUGAAAACCACAAGAAAUACUUGUACCCAGCCUACGACAUCUCUGUCUGCAUACACCACAGGCACAGUGAGACUUAGUAAGAGAAUAACCUUGUACUGCUUCACGUCUGAGUACACUUCAGCCUAGUGGGGAUGAAAUCUGCCUUGUAACCAGCCAUUGGGUGGACGAAACAUUUCUUACUUCCUCUGGUAGUUUGUUACAAGAUUUUGGAGAUGGGUUUUCCCAAGCCAGAGUAAACUCUUAGAAAGAUGAGAGCUGCUAGGCGAGACCCAACUUGCUCCGUACCAACAAUUCUGGGAAAUCUGGCCACAGCUGGUUGGAUAUCAAGUUAACCAAAAAUAGCAUAACUCAAUAACAAAAUCAAAAAACAUAUCUAAGUGUCCAUCCAGCAGCCUGGUCACAGCAGAUUCUUUUCUCAACCCUGUCCUCUUGAGCACUUGACACUUCCUCUUUCCUGUUUCGUGCAUCGAUAACCCUCCUCCCCUCCACCUCCUCUCACCGCUCAUCUCGACAUGCACAGUGCAUUCUGCCAACAGCCACACUGAACUUGAACCCUGCCGCCAUGACAACGAAAACACAAAACUACAACAACAACAACAACAGAAAAGAAGGCUCAUCUCUCCGUCUUCGUGUCUCUAAAGCUAAAAAGAAAAAAAAACAAAAAAACAAACAAACAAAAAAAACCAAGACAUCACAAAGUGAAGAUUCCUGUCUGCAUCCGCCAGCACAGCAAUCAGGUUUUAAACGAAAAUUGUCUGUGGUCAAAGUCCAAGGGCUAUGGGAGGGUCCUUUUUGUAAAAGAAAAAAACCUUUUUGAAAAUCUAGCCUUUUUCUCUGCUCAUCGUUGCCUUCUCCUCUGCUCUUGCGCUUUCUCUGUCUCUCUAUCUUGUUUGCGGUUAAGCCCCCCUCCCCACCCCCCCAACAAAAAAAAAAAACCUCCAUCCCAGCUUUCUAACGGUGUCUCUGGUAAACACUGUUCAUCGUCCCUCCUUUCAUCUGUGUGCAGAAAAAGUGCGUGCAAAUGAUGCAGAGUCCGCCAAGCCCUUUAAAGUGGAGACUGGAGUGGAGACCUUGUUUGGCAGUGUGCUAGUGCUGUCCUCUCCUCCGUGUGUGUGUGUGUGUGUGUGAGUGCGUGUGUGCGUGUGUGUGUGUGUGUGUGUGUGUGCGUGCGUGCAUGUGUGUGUUUGUUGGUCAGACCUUUCAACAACACAGAAAAGCACUUAAUGUUCCUGCAGGAGCAUUGUGUGUGUGUGUGUGUGUGUGUGUGUGUGUGUGUGUGUGUGUGCGCACAGCUGAGUGAUUUAUUAGUGAACUUUGUCUGAGUUUUAGAGAUUCAAGGACGUUACUUAUUUGCCACUGUCCAUAUUACCACAUUAUUAAUUAAGCUUGCAUUGGAAUUCAGUGGCGUGUCUCUUUAAAAAAAAAAAAAAGAGAGAGAGAUGUAUGAUGGUCAUUAUCGUAGUGUAGAAGUGGCCUCAGUGUAAAAGCUCAGAGUGAGGGCACCCACAAGUUCCAUUUAAAGGUGCACAAGGCUUGAUGAUAAUCUGGACUGAGUCUCAAUUUCAUACUCCAGGUGUUGAGUCUGGUUUUCAGGAUCUAGCGUGCAAACUCUUUUCUUAUCGUCAACAAAUCCCAUGGAGAGACAAACCUACAUGUCAGUAUGUUGUGACUUCCCCGUCCUGUCCUCAAGCCCAUCGGUCCUCACUUACUGACUAACGCUGGUCUGUGGUGCUGGACUUGAGGGAUUCACAUCCGAUGACAAACGCCAUCUUCAACAGACGGUUCCAUCAUAACCACUGAACUAGACUGCUGGACAACUGAGCAAACUCCAUCUGAAGUGAAAGGAGAUGGGAAGCUCCUCCAGUAAAAGGUGGAGUUUCUGGGGGUUUUUUUAAGACUCACCAACACUGAGUUUCAUUAUUUAAAAAGACCCAGGGAUUUCAUGAAACAACUGAACAAAUGUUUCUCAAGAGUGUAUGUCGGGGCAUCAUUGUCAGCGGAGGUUUAAUACACAGCUCCCAGCCUGUGGGCCGACAAAUCAUCUCCAAAACACAACAAUUUUGGUGAAAAGAUGUAAUUAUAUAAAUUGUUUUUAAGAAAAACAAACAAAAUGAUCUUUAAAAAGAUUACAAAUGUUUAAAAACUCCUUUUCAUUUUUGGUUUUCCUUUUCUUGUAUAAAGGCCUGUCACUGUGAUGAGCUAAUGAUGGUAGCUUUCAUGUUGUCGCCGGCCGGACCACUUUUACAUUAUAUACAUAUAUUUGCUAUCUCAGUCUGAUUGAGCUGAAAAAAAAAAAAAAAAAAAGAUUACAUCCACGGCAAAAACUGUAGACUCAAAAUGGAUAGCUGGUUAGAAACGGGAAGAAUGAAAAGGAAAGAGAGUCAGAGACAGAUGGUGAAUCGACAUGUGAUCUCUCCGCUUCUGAACGUGUUAUUUGGCCUCCAUAUUGUAAACGGGCUUUGGAGGUUUUGAAGUGGGCCAUGAGUUGGAGAAGGUUGGCAACCACUGAUCUUGUGAGUUCAAGUCAAAGUAAACUGUAGUGUCUGUUCGUCCUAAUGAACGAGUUUCCCAGUGAAAAGCUCACUGGAGCUCUAUGGCUCAGAGGGAUGAGAUACACACACAGUACUUGUUGAUAGGAUCAACACACUGUUGGUUUGUCUCUUUUAAUGGGAUUUACUCACAAUUAGGAAAACACAGAGUAUCACCAGACUUGCUCUUUAAUUGGUAGCGUCAUUCCAAAGUCACAGGUCGAUCCGUCAGCACACGAGAAAGUGAGAGAGUGCAUUGAUCUGUUGUAUACGACCUGAAGAGACAGUGUACUACGUGUGGAGUUGGAACACGGCGACUGUUUACACUCAGAUGAAAUGACUUGUGAUUCGUAGGGAGGUAUUUGAAGGUAUGUAACGCUGAAUUCCAGUUGAAACCUCAAACUGGGAAACCUGGAAAUGUUCCUGUCAGUGGUGAUGAAAGAACUAGCACCCCCGCCCCCACCCCACCCCCCUUCUCGUGCACUUAGAGCACACAUCUGAUCUGAUGCUCUGCAGACGUCAUGACGAUGGGAGAAAAAAAUAUUCCUGGUCAGUUUGAAUGAAAGCCCUCUGAUUCUGUUACCAUCAGUGUGUGUUUGAAUGUAUGCAUGUGUGUUUUCUGGUUAGUGUGUCUAUCUGGCUCUACAGUUGUGCGUGUAUGUGUGUGUGUUACUACAUCACUGCUGCUAUUGCUGUUGCUGCUACUGCUACUAUUGUUGCUACUGCUGCUUCUCAUGUCCCCCCCCCCCCGGUCCCCGCCUGUCCCCUUCUGUCCGUCCUGUCCCCUCAACUCAUCCAUAACUAUAAGGAGAGAAAUCUGACCCUCUGCAGUCAAAAGCACAAGUAUUGAGACAAAAGCUGGUCUUUACUCAAAGACCCAAACUGAAACAUUUUCAUUUUCUUACACAGAGAAGUCUGGGUGAAGAGAUUGUCCCAACACUUUGGCCUUUGAGCUGUACGGACCUGCUUCAAACCCUUUUUCUUCCUUCUUUCUGUUGUUUUCUCAGCUUGUUCUGUCUGCGCAGUCAUAGCUUGUAAAUGGAGGCUAUAAAGAUGAAUUUUAUGUUUUAUACAAGGAGGUUUGCAUGUUACUAUUAUGUGAGUAAAUAAGGUGCCUAAUGUUCAUGUUUGAGCAGACCACACCUCGGUCAAACUGCUGCUUGGAAUCCUUACAUGUGCUUUGUCUGCGGGUCGACCUCCUGUCUGGCGGAGUGGAACAGAAAUGUUUGGUCAGGAUUGCCAAAAAAUGAUCAUGUUACAGUGCUGCCGUGAUUUCGGGAGCCUGGAGUGGUUGUCCAACAUUUCCUCUUUAGGUCUUGAGCUUUGAUUACAGACUGAAUCUGAUCCUGCAUAUUUUAAUUCAAGGUCUAACAAGAAAACUAUAAAUUUAGUGACCACGGCGCUCGCAGUGUUUCUGUUUCCAUGUCAACAAAACGACCUGCAGCGUAUAACCAACAUUUUUAGCUCUGCGUGACGGCAGUGUUUACAAGCUCGCUUCCAUUGUGCCAGACAGGAUCGGUUUCUCCUGGCAAAGCCACUUGCAGCCGUUUCAACCAGUAAUUUGUCCCACAUGUGUGGAGCAGACAUAGGAACCCACUUGCACUCAAAAAGCUCCCACCUUCGUUGUGCCUCACUUCCAACGGUGCUUUUUUCAGUAGUCUGUCUUUCUUUAUGUUUGUUUGUAAGGUGCUGUAUAUAACUUGAAUAUAUUAUGCACAUAUCCUACCCAAUGGGUAGAAACCACAAAAAAUGUUGUGAAUAAUGUAAUAUAAUGUAUAGACAAUAUAAGAAUUUUAAGAAGGCAGCAUCAAAUUUGUAAAUGCCUACAGUUAAAAAAACGUACUUUGUCUUUUUUAUGAGAAAACAUGGUUUGCAAAUUAUGCUUAGAAUAUGGUUGCAACACAAAUACAAACGUAUAAUAUUUUGCUAUAAAUAAGCGUGUUAUGAUAAGGAUGAGAUAACCUCUGGAUUAAGGAAGUUGUUGAGAAAAGAUAUUAUUGACUUUUUUUUUUUUUUAAUUUUAUUUGAUUCCUCUUCUAAGAACAAGCCUUCACCGUGCUUGCCAUCAUUUGGGUACCGGCUGGUGGUUUGAUUUUUCACCACCACCACCAUCAACUAACAAAUGUAUAGUUCUAUUACACAGAUCUUUUAAGAAAACAUAUAUCACAAACAGAUCAGAUGGUGUUUAUGCCACAGUUUCAGCUGGGUCGUGGUUUGUAAAUUGUUGAACAAAAAGCAGAAGCUCUCUAGUUUGGGAGACGUGACACAUGACCACUGCACACGAGAGCCAUCAGCACUUCCCGAAACGGAAGAGUUUGUGUCUGUAUUCAUCGAUCUUUAACAAUAUUUGAGUUCAUUUCAGCUGUGGUUUUGUAUAUCUGUCAAAGUAUAAAACUGUUGAGCACACUCAAAACUGCUAUAGAUCUGGCUGGAUGUUAGGCUUUGCUUAUAGCGUUUCUGCUCCGUUACAGGAGGAUCAUCAACUGUUGCUCACAUAACUGCUGAACAGAAAGGAAUUGUGGGUAUUCCCAUUUUUUUUUUUUUUUUUUUUUUGGUCAAGAUUGGAAAGUUGCACCAGCGUGAAAUGUGUGAAAAAUGCCAUUACAACUGUCAUUUAACUUUUUCUUUUUUCUUUUUUUCUACAUUACGAUGUUAUAUUUGGCACAAUAUAUUGAAACAGAAGUCAUGUUUAAUCUGCAGUCAUUUAUUUACAGUAUAUGUACUGAAAAUAACUCCACUGUACAAUAACCGCAGAGCAUGUUCAUUCUUAUCUAUAGACAAUGUACAUAGCAACGCGCCAUUUUCUCUUCAAAGCACCAAAUAAGAGGCAGUUGUGUAGUUUUAAUUUGGAAAAAGUCUCUAUUGUACUUUUGGUUAGAGCUCGGCUCUCCUCUUCUUAAUAGACCUGUUUUUUGUUUCCUGCACUAGCUUGAAGAACUAGCUUGGGCUCAGACUGACUUUUAUUUGAUUUCUGCCCCCGCAGUGUGCUCCCUCUUUCCACUUGUAAGAAGUCUGUACUCAAAUGCCGACAACAAGUAGCUGUUUAUAUUGUUCCAGAUUUUAAUAAUAAUGAUGACAAUAAUAACAAUGAUAGCGUCUCAACAGUUUGGUAUUCUCUCUGUCUUGACAGUUACCAUAGGACUGCUUCCAUCAUGGGUUUUGUAACAUCGGUUUGCUUUAUUUACAAAAAUGAAUUCUUGUCGUUCCCCCCUCCCCCUCUGUGCUGAAAUAUAUAUGUGUAUAUAUAUAUGUAUGUAUGUAUAUAUAUAUAUAUAUAUAUAUACACAUAUACACAUACACAUAUAUAUACAUAUGUUGUGUAUUUUUGCCUCUUUUUAUUUAAGCAAUUGUGAUGUAAUAGGUUUUAGGCCUAAGGUCUGUUAUUGCAAUACUUUUACAGAAAAGAAGAAAAAAAAAUCAAAAAAUGUUGCUCUAAGUGCUGUUGUAGUCAAAGAUUUUAUGCUUGUACUUAUGCUGUAGUCAAACUGCAGCGUAAUGAAUAAAACUUUAAAAGUGA